UUUACAUUGGUUUUAUAUAGAAAUGAGUCCACCCACAAGCCGUGGAGCUUCCAGAUUUGUUCGUGGAAAAGCACGUGGUGGUGGUGGCUAUCGCCCUUAUUUCUACUUUCGACGAAAUGGUCGCGUCAUUCCUGCUGGUGGGAAUCGCCAGGCGGGACCAGAUCAAGAUUCUGCUAGCAGAGACACUGCACAGCCACGAGGCUGGAAUCGUGCUCGGUCCGAGAUCGGUGCUGGUCGUAAACGUGCCACUAAUGCGUCACUUGAUUGCAGUUACUUGCGCCCGGAAAACUAUGUUGCUCCAGAAGAUGCACUACAGGUGCGCAGUCUUCUUGUGGACAAUCCUCGCGCGUGUCCUGGUUGGCGUUUGUAUUUUAUGCGAGAGGAGUACGUCGCAGAUAGCGAGAUGGCUAAGCGUAUCGUAGCUGUCGAAGCGCACUAUCAGCGUAAUCCCUUAAUAUAUAAUGUAGCACGCAUACGUCAAAGUGGAUACUUCCUGCUUUCAGCGCCGGUAAUCCUCAAUGACGAGCAGCUAAAGCUAGUGUGGCCAACACUGAAAGAGGAUUUGCAGAAAAAGCCACUGCGCACACUGUCUGCAGUGGCCAUGGCCAUGCAUACAGUUGUCGUCAACAAUGGCCUCGACGUAGCUGCCGAUGAAGCGGCGGACAGCAUAUUGCCCAUGGUAACCACCAAGGAUACGUAUGUACCACGGCGUGGACGCACACGCAAGAUUUACGUACGUCCCGAAGACUUUGUGCCAGUGGAGCUGAUCAGCAGCAUAAGCCACGCUCGUGUGGACAGCAUGUUCGCAGUGCGAGGUAUUGUAAGCAGUGUUGGCGAACCCACCUGUGGGCAGGCCUGGCAAGCCUUCCGGUGCACACGCUGCCAGACAGAACAGUCGCUGCGCCAGCGUGGAACCUACUCACCGCGUCCAUAUCACUGCAUGAAACCUCUCUGCAGUGCCAAGGACAACUUUCUGGCGCUGCGCAACUCACCCUAUACGAGACUUUCAGUGCGCCAGAUCAUACGGCUGGAGGAGACGAGCAUCUCACUGCUGACAGACUAUGAUAAUACACUUGCUGGUGAACUGGACAUCGAGCUGCGCCACGAUCUGGUGGAUUCUGUGCAAGUGGGGCAGGAGAUUAUCGUCACGGGCGUCCUAAAGCUGCGAGAGCUGUGUGACAACAGUGAGCAGCCAUCGACAUCUGCGGCCGCAGCGAGCGGGGAUACUCAAGCAUAUCUGCGAGCCUGUAGCGUGCAGCAGGCAUCUCAUAUUAAGCCGGAGUUUAGCGAACGUGAUCUGAAAGUCAUUUCCAUGAUCAACUCGGAGCCCAAUAACUUUAAGCUGCUGGUGCAAUCCCUGGCUCCGGAGCUGCACGGUCACGAAAUGGCCAAAGCAGCCUGCCUGUUGUCGUUGCUCGGCGAAAAAAUCAAUGUGCUGCUUGUGGGCGACCCGGGCAUUGGUAAAUCCAAGCUGCUACAGAAUUGCGCACAGAUUUCCGAACGAGGCGGCUUCGUAAGUGGUAAGCGUGGCAGCCAGGCGGGUAAUCAAUUGGGAACUAGCUUCAGCGGACGCAGCAAGCGGGCAAUGGAUGCAGGCGCACUGCUCACGGCCAGCACGGCUGGACAUUGCAUGGUGGAUGGCGUGGAUAAGUUGGCCUCCAAGCAAACGUUGCUCCUGCAGUCUAUGCAGGCGGGUCAGCUAAAUGUGGUACUGCCUGGUGCGUUUGCCUCCUACGACGCGCAACCAGCGAUCAUAGCCUGUGCGAAUCCUCAACGUGGCCAGUACGAUCAGUCCCGCUAUCUGUUGCAAAAUAUACGGAUUGCUCCUGCGCUGCUAAAAGAGUUUCAUUUGGUCUACGUGCUGUUGGACAGGCCGUCAAAGACGCGUGAUAUAUCCCUCACAGAGCAUGUGCGAGCUCUGCACGCGGGCUCCAAAAAGCGUUCCCAGAUCGCUGCACGCUUCGUACUAAAGCCCAAGAAAAGCGAUUCCAUGUGUGAGAUUAAUUUGAAUGAUGUUCCCGCUGCUCAGCCGAAAGCUGACGAAGACGAUGAUGACGACAGUAUUCUGCAGCAGGAUUAUGAUUUGGAUAAGCGAUUGGAUCAUAGCAUCCAAGAGCAUGGCGAACUGGAUCUGUUGCCGCCGAUAUUAAUUAAGAAAUUCCUUUCUUACGCCCGCCAUAAUGUCAAGCCACUGCUCAGCGAUGCAGCUACCAAAGCCAUUAGGCGACAUUUCCUGGAGCUGUGCCGCCGCAGCGAAGUGGAGCAUGAGCAGAGCCAAAUUGGAAUGGGGCAGCUGCUCGGCUUGAUUGGCCUCUCGCAGGCACGGGCCCGCCUGGAUCUGGCCAGCACUGUGACGCCGCUGCACGUGCGAGAUGUGAUCGCCGUGGUGACAGAGAGCAUGGCUCAGACCCGCCUCGGCGCCGCCUCUGGCCAGGCAUCAGCGGCACCAAGCAGCUCCAGCAAAAAAUCACAGUUACAGAGUUUUGUGCGCAUGAUGCAGAUGCGAUCGGCUGCGCUGGGUCGCUCCAUCUUCGAGUUCGAGGAGCUGAAGGAGAUGGGCACGCGAGCGGGCAUUAUGACGGGCAUCUCUAAUCUGGUGGAGCUCGCCAACUUGGGCGGCUAUUUGCUCAAGAAGGGCGUAAACAUGUACGAAGUGGUGCCCGACUAAUCGAAAUGUCUAGGUAAAUAUCUUAACAGUGUUUGCUGGGAAACUAAUGUAUUUAUGUAAUUAGCUUUGAGUUUUGCCGAGUCUAUAAGCUGUUUGGCUAAAAUACAAUGUUGAUUAGUUUCCUAUU